AUGCUAUCACGUCAGUCAUCGAGCAUCUCACGACUUGCACGACCAAGUCGCUCGUCGUCGGGUGUGCUGCAGCGUCCUCUGUCGUCGCUGUCAUCGCUGUCGUGCCCCCUUCACGCGAGUCGGAGCGAUCGCCCGAGACUACCGGUCGUCGUCGUCAGCCGAGCUUCAUCUCAAUCGCUCCUCAGCUCGCCCACCCCGCUUCCACGGUCGACAUGGUACGGCAAGACGUUCUCGACGAGUAGAGCGACAGGCAGCAAGAACCAUGACCAUGACCGUGGUCACCAGUGGAAGCAAACCGGGUCGUCCUCGUCGUCGUCGUCAUGGCGAUGGUCUCUGAUCCCGAUCCUGCUCGCCGGAUCGUCACCACUCUUAUUGGAGUCGCCCCACUCCCACGACCACGUCUCAACCUCUAAACCCUCGCUCAAGUCAAUCAAGUCAAUCAAGGAGAACAUCGACCACCCGGAAGACUCCGAGUUCCUCGUGGCCGAUGGCGAUUCGCUGUCAUCGUCCCAGCGGCCACUGACGCUGUUGGGCAGGAUCGGCCGCUUCUUUGUGCUCUACGUCUUUGAGCCCAUCAGCACCACCGGUCGCUUCAUCCACCUCGCAAUUCUCUUCCUCCCCGUCAUCCUCAGUGCGCCCGUGUUGAUGCUCGAGGUGCUCGACAGCGGCCGCGACAGGCGGAGAGUAUUCAAGAAGAAGGAAGGACCGAGGGUCACAACCAGUUGGUGGUAUUGGUUCCUCGUGCACCAGAUGGAGAUGGCCGGUCCCACAUUCAUCAAGGUGCGUUUCUGUGUCUCAUAUACAGCUCAUCUGAAGAAGGCUUGGUGACACUCUCCCCAACUUUUUUUUAGCUCGCCCAAUGGGCCGGAUCCAGGACCGACUUGUUCCCGUCCGAGCUGUGCGAGCUCUUUGGCAAACUCCACUCCAACGGCAAACCCCACUCGUUGCGAUAUACGAAACGCGUCAUCGAGCAGGCAUUCGGCCGACCUUUUUCCGAGAUCUUCCUCGAGUUCGGAGCGAGGCCGAUGGGCAUUGGCGCGAUCGCUCAAGUGUACAAGGCCACCAUCAACCCCGAUUUGCUCCCCGACGAUUACCUCGACCCCAAACACGAGAAAGACCCUUCGAUGACGUCCGCCGUCACGCGCACCAUCACCCCUCGACCCGAUGACCAGCGACCUCCCAAGAUCCCUUCUUCCGCUGUCGCGAUCAAGGUUUUGCAUCCUGGCGUCGAAAAGAUGAUUGCGAGGGAUCUCAAGAUCAUGAUGUUCUUUGCCCGAGUGCUUAACGUCCUUCCCGGCAUGGAGUGGCUGUCGUUCCCGGAGGAAGUGCAGGUCUUUGGACAGAUGAUGAUGUCCCAAGUCGACCUCCGCAUCGAGGCCAACAACCUGCAGACGUUCGAGAACAACUUUCGACAUCGACCGACCGUUUCUUUUCCCCGUGCGCUGAAAAAGUACACGAGCAAGAGGGUUCUUUUCGAAGAAUUCGAAGACGCCGUCCCUUUGGAAGCCUUUUUGAACAAGACGGGAGGAGCGUUCGAUCACCGGCUGGCGAACCUCGGCCUCGACGCUUUCCUUCACAUGUUAUUGAUCGACGACUUUUCGCACGCCGAUCUGCACCCGGGAAACAUCAUGGUCAAGUUCUUCAAGCCGACGACCAAGUCGAUGCUGUCCAACUGGUUCCCCUCCCUGUUCGGCGAACCCCCACAUGACUCGGCCGGCACGGCUGAUGACAUCGAUAUCGUCCACAACAUCCGCGAAUUUUCGAAGAAACCCGCGGUCGAAUUCCAUGCCGAACUCGCACGGCUGGACGCGGAAGGCUACCAGCCCGAAUUGGUCUUUAUCGAUGCUGGGCUCGUCACUCGGCUCGAUGGGCAGAACCGCCAAAACUUCCUCGACCUCUUUUCCGCCGUCGCCCGCUUUGACGGUUACGAGGCCGGUCGGCUGAUGGUCGAACGGUGUCGUGCGCCCGAGCUCGUCAUCGACGAGGAACAGUUCGCUCUACGGAUGCAACACCUCGUGCUGAGCGUCAAGUCGCAGACCUUCUCAUUGGCCAACAUCAAGAUCGCGGAUGUCUUAUCCGAGGUGCUGAACAACGUCCGAAGACACCACGUCAAGAUGGAGGCCGACUUCGUCAAUACCGUCAUUUCGAUCUUGUUAUUGGAAGGCAUCGGGCGACAGCUGGACCCGGGUAUGGAUCUAUUCAAGUCGGCUUUACCUAUCUUGAGGCAGUUGGGUACGACGAUGAGUACGGAGCAGAUGAGACAGGGAGCAGGUGGCUUGGGGCUAGGUGGACUAGGGACGAUGCUCAAGGUCAGUUCAAGCUCAUUCGACAGAUCUGACGACAGCAGCUAAUUCGAUCACGCUGAAAUUUCACAGGUCUGGGUAUGGAUCGAGGCCAGGCAGAUGGCCGAGUUGGCCGUCAAGGACGUGGACCAACUGAUAAGAUAUGACUAG